ACCACAUACCUUCGAUAAGACAACUACGAAUCACAACAUGUACGAACGUCCAGAAGGCAUUGAAAACUGUCGAAUUUGGAUCGAUGGUUGUUUUGACUUUGCCCAUCAUGGCCACGCGGGUGCGAUCCUCCAAGCUCGUCAGCUCGGUCGUGAACUCUAUGUCGGAGUUCACUCCGAUGAGGAAAUCCUCCAUAAUAAAGGGCCACCAGUAAUGCGCCUUGAUGAAAGACUCACUGCAGUGUCUGCCUGUAAAUGGAGCACUAAGGUUAUCCCACUGGCACCAUAUGUCACCUCCCUCGAUGUCAUGGAUGAGUAUGGGUGUAAAUAUGUGGUCCAUGGAGACGACAUUACAACUGAUGCCAAUGGUGAAGAUUGUUAUCAAAUUUGUAAAGAUAUGGGAAGAUUUGUUGUUGUUAAGAGAACUCCAAAUAUAAGUACCACCGAUUUAGUCGGGAGAAUGUUGUUAUUGAGUAAGCUGCACAUGUUCCCCAAAUUAGAUAAAACCGGUAGUUCUGUAUUGUUCAGUGAAGAAAACUUGGCCAGAUUCAAACAGUAUGCCACAGAUAAUACAGGAUUGGCACCAAAAAGUGCUGUUUAUGUCAAGUACAACGAUCAUCUCGAUCAAAUUGUUGCCCCUAGUGCAGAAAUUGAAGCCAAAUUGAAAAAAAUAGUUUACAUUGAUGGUGGCUUUGACUUAUUCCAUCCAGGCCAUAUUGAACUUUUAAAAGUGGUUUAUCAACGUGCAGGAGAACACAAUGCUUCCGUCGUUCUUGGUCUUCAUGAGGAUGUAGUUAUUAAUGAAUACAAAGGUAUGAAUUAUCCAAUUAUGAACUUGUUGGAAAGAUCCUUGUGUGUGUUGCAAUGUCGUUAUGUUGAUGCGGUCGUAUUGGGAGCUCCAUAUAAACCAACCAAAGCAUUCCUUGAAGAAUUACCAGGAGAAGUGAUCAAAGUAUGCCAUGGUCCAACUGAAUUGGAAACAGAAGGGGUAUAUGAAGAUACCAGUGACCUUUUUUUGCAAAUUGGACCGCACAAGUUUGAUGAAAUGAACACUGCAUUCAUUGUUGAUCGAGUAUUGCAAAACAAGGCCGCUUUUGAAGAAAGACAAAAGAGAAAAGGGUGGAAAGCAGAGAAGGAGCGUGAACUCAAAGCCAAGGAACAACAAACAAAUAAUUCGUAAUUCAU